GGCGGAAAAAACAGGCACUUCGAAGGGCACUUUGUUUUGGGUCCUUCUUAAAGUUCCUGGUCCACGUCAAGCAGGAUUUGGGACGUAGAGGUCUGGGGUGAAAAAUACCGAGGGAUACGAUAGUUUUUUUUAACUUAACAGUAUAUGCCAAUUAACCAAAAUCAUGAUUUUUUUUAUUGAAUCCUAGAGAUUGUAAGCCUCGUUACAGCUAUUCUUCACAAGAAAUAAUCGGCAAAGGGGCCAGCAUGUCUUGGUUUACCGAUCUGGCCGGAAAGGCUGAGGACUUCUUGACCAAGGUCGAUCAAGGGGCAGCCACUGCAUUGACUAAGCAGCAGAGUCGCAAGUCCUCUUUCCCCUCGUCAUACGAUGAGGAAGAAGCAUCUCAGUACAGUAAUGCUGGCUUCAGCAGAGUAGCACCAGACACACCGCACGAAUACCAGAGCUCCUCUCAUGACUUCAUCUCGACAGCAGCAGACAAAAUAAAAAAAUCCAAAGCCACACUGUUGGCAGGUUCUACCAACGUGUCCACUGUCACUCCUCUGGGUUCAGCUAGCAGCAGCUCCACCAAGGCCUCCUUUGUCCGACCCAAGAAGGCUGAGGAUGUAGAUGACGAUCUCCUCUUCAAGUUUCUGAACAGUUCCGACCCACCACAGGGCGAGAGGCGAGAUGUGAGGCAAGAGCUCCCCAGAGUGGCGGGCCCUCCUGAGGAGGUGACGCCAGCCCCCGUGGCUUCCGCUGACCCUCUGGCAGUGCCAUCUGCCCCUUCCACUCCCCCCUCCACCAUGGGCCUGUCUCGAGCCUCCAGUCUCAGCUCGCUGUCUGCCAGCAUCCACAGUGUAAAGACCGAGGAUGGCUCUGUCAAAGAUCAGUACCAAGAUACUCCAGAAAGCUCAGACUCUGGGCUGGCUGUGCCUCAGGACCCUGCCCCUCAAGAGCCAGUCCCUGUGGAGGAAUCCCAGAGCCAGGUGCUGUCCAACCUGCGGCUGGAGAACCAGCUGCUGCGUAGCGAAGUGGCCUCCCUCAACCAGGAAAUGGCAUCUGUCAUCCAGAGGGCCAAAGACUCUCAGGAGGAGCUGAAUCUAGCUCGAGCACGCACAGAAAGAUGGAACACUGACCAGUCCAGGACAGAUCGCACCAUCCGUGAGCUGAGGUCGCAGGUCGAUGACCUCACAGAGGCGCUUUCGGCCAAGGAUGGGCAGCUGGCUGUUCUGAAGGUGCGGCUGGACGAGGCAGACCAGCUCCUCAAGGUCCGGAACUCUGCUUUAGAAGAAGCCCAGAAUGAGAAGUCAAGAAUCCUGCAGAACCAUACAGAAGGUCACGACGUGAACUCUCAGGCUAUUCAGACUCUCCAGGACAGACUGAGAGAAGCUGAGUCAGCAGUCAAGAGGGAACAGGACAGCUACCGCCAGAUGCAGAGUGAGUACGCAGCGCGUCUCUCUCGGGCAGAAGGUGAGAGGCAGGCCCUUGCGGAGGCACUGACGGGCACAGAGCGGCGGAUGGCCGAGGAGCGGCACCGAGCCGAGGAGCAGCAGCAGCAGGCCAAGAGUGCCCGUGUGUCUGCCGAGAACGUCAAGCAGGAGCUGCAAGACUACAAACAUAAAGCUUCGCGUAUCCUGCAGUCCAAAGAGAAGCUGAUCAGCAGUCUAAAGGAGGGCUCAGGGCUGGACUCCCUGGACGGGGGGUCGGCGGGGGCACUGGAGCUGGAGGAGCUGAGGCACGAGAAGGAGCUCCAGCGAGAAGAGCUCCAGAAGCUGCAGGGCCAGGUGCACACGCUCAGGGUUGAGAUACAGGACUUGGAGACGGCGGCGCUAACAGAAGCAGAGACUUGGCGGGAGCAACAGCAGGAGCUGCAGGACCAGCAGGCCCAGCAGGUCCGCGCCAGACAGGAGCAGGAGGCUGAGGUCGAGCGCUUCAAACAGGAGAUACAGUACAUGGAAGAGGAGCAUCACCGUGCUAAGAGCACCCUUCAGAGUAGGGUCAAAGACCGCGAGGAGGAAAUCCAGAAACUCAGGAAUCAACUGACCAAUAAAGCGCUGAGCAGCAGCCAGGCAGAGCUGGAGAGUCGUCUGCACCAGCUGACGGAGACGCUGAUCCAGAAGCAGACAAUGCUGGAGGCUCUGGGCACAGAGAAGAGCUCGCUGGUCUUCCAGAUGGAGAGGAUGGAGCAGCAGCUGAAGAGUGUGCAGGGUGGCCAGAGUGGAGGGUCUGCCAUCAACAUGACUGGCGUGGAAGGGCCAGGUACACGGCAGAGGAACACACCAGUUUUGUUUACUGACCAUGACCACCAAGGGGCUGGAGUCUAUGGAAAAGUGCGCAAGGCAGCCAGCACCAUUGAUCGCUUCAGCAUUCGGUUAGGAAUAUUUUUGAGGCGCUACCCCAUGGCUCGAGUCUUUGUGAUACUUUAUAUGGCACUACUGCAUCUCUGGGUCAUGGUUGUCCUGCUGACAUACACACCAGAGAUGCACCAUGGUCAUCCAGAUGGGAGAUAGGUGGAGGACACUGAACUAUUUUGAGUGUGUGAAAUCAUUGAAGAGUUACAGGAUACGAAAAAAUGAAAUAUAUAUAUAUUUAAGUAUAUCUUUGAGAACUGGGUUGCUGCUGAAGUGAAUCUCAAGAAGCUGUUUUCAAGCGGUUAACUGCAAUUUGCACACACAUGCUACUGGAAACUAACCUGGUCAUUGGAUCGUCCUUUGUUCCAGUGUGAAACGCUAACGGUGGCAUGUUAUUUCCACAAUAGUUACAAAGUAAAGGAUGUCUGGAAUUAAGAAUGAAUGCUUACAUUGUUCUGAACUCUAUGAUUUUAUCUUCCCUUCUUGUACUUCUACUAUCUUCCACUUAAUUUUAACCAUGGAUUAUUUCUGAUUUCUACCGCAUCUCUUGAAUCAUGACAGAUUGUAUUUCUUCACCCUGUAAAUUAAAUUUCUUUUAAUAAACAUAACAGACCUACA